AUGUGUCUUUUUCAAGCUUCAGAAAUUCCCUCGACCUCUAUUGAGAUCAGUGAGGCUGUUUUGGCCCUACGCUUAUUUGCACGUCAGGUUGCCCUUAAAUUAUCAUUUAAUGAACAUUCUAUCAAUACUAAUUUUGCGUUUAGGAAGAAAAGUUCAUAUGUACCAGCGUUACCAUCUCAUGUUGAUGUGUUUCUAAAAGCAAUGGAAAACGAUAUAUAUAAUGAACACAAUUUUUUCAAGUCAGAUUUGCCAAGUAAUUUAAGCUCAGAAGAAGAAGCAGCAUUGAAAAGUAUUAAAAAUAAUUCUGCCAUUAUUGUGAGACCAUCGGACAAAGGUGGUCCGGUAGUUGUGUUAGACUCACAUUAUUACUUCACCAGCAUUCAUGAGAUGCUGAAUGCUGAUGCAUAUACUGAAGUUGCAUUGCCUGACAUUGAACAGUUGAUUGUACGAAUACAUUUAUCAAUCAGGGACUGUUUGAAUUCAGGAUACAAUGCGAAGUUGAAUAAAUUCCCUGUGUUUAAUUUCAAUGAUGAUCUCAAGGACCUCUGCAUCAGUGCUUUGAGUCCCAACACCACAAAAGCUACUCUCUAUGCUUUGAAUGUCUGGCGUUACUGGUGCAUGACUAAAGGCCUUAAAGACUAUAUGGAUAUUACAAAAAUUUCUGCAGAAAAACUAAAUGAACUUCUAGAAGACUUUUACUGGUCUGUGAAGAAGACCGAUGGGUCUGACUUUCUAGCUACCUCCCUUCAUGCAAUUCGUCGGGGACUGGAUCGGAUUCUAAAGAAUGCUGGUGUAGGAUUCUCCAUAACAAGCAGCACCUUCAACUCCUCCACCCUGAAACUCAAAGAUAAGCUGAGGAUGCUUAACAAAGCAGGAAUGUCAGGUGCACGCUCACGUAACAUCAUCUACUUCUCCCUCAGUGAUGAAGAAGAGAUGUGGAGGUCUGGGUGUUUAGGCGAUGAUAAUCCUGUAGCCCUCCUGUCAACAGUGGUUAAGUACAACAGCCAGUAUUUUAACAUGAGGACCUUACAGGAGCAUGCAGAUUUAAUGUAUGGUGACAUAGAACUGCUUAAAGAUGCCCAGAACAGACCCUUUUUUGCCAGAACGGACGCUGUGAAACGAGGAAACAGGAUAUGCAGUAAUAAAGUAUGCUAUGGUCAAAUAUUUCAUGAGCACUCCAAAGGACACAAACGUUGCCCAUAUUGCCUUCUCUACAAAUAUAUGUAUUCUCACAGGCCUCCUUCUCAGAUGUUUGCAGUGUCCCCUUUCUACUUAACCGCUAGGAAGGAGAUCAGUGGAAUGGAAGUUGUUUGGUAUGAAGAACAGAGAAUGGGACUGAGGUCAUUGAGGGGAGUGGUUCCAAAGCUGGCUAAGAAGGUUAGGCUUGAGCACUGUGACAAUUUUACUUUUGUCUCCUUUACUCAAGCAUCUCGAAAAUUUAUUCCUUCAAACAGCAGUCAGUGAAGGUGGAUACUGUGUAUCUUGCACAUGUUUGUAUAUGGCAUGGACCUUCAUUAGCUAAAUAUUGACAAUCACAGUGUGAGAAAAGGGUACAGGCUUGCUAAUAAUUUGCUUAUUUUAAAGCUGCUACUACUACUACUGGCAAGUUAGAAAGUAAUUUUUUUUAGUAUAGAGUCACAAUGUUGUUACACUGGUCUUUCUCAGAAAUUACUACACGUGAUAGCCUGUUAGAAGAGGAAUAGGUAGGGAAUUAAAUAGUGCCUUUAUGUAGAGUUCUAAUUAACAUUAAUUUAAGACACAUGUACAAACCUAGUGUAGUUCUUGUAUAGAAGAGUGGAAAAUGUAUAUUGUAAGAAUCUAACAACUAUGCUGUAGUUAAUACUGUUCAUCAGAAUCUGGUGGUAGCCCUCUGAAAGUAUAACAGAUGAGUGACUUGAGCCACUCGUAGCUUGACACCCAGGGCUUACCUUCUGUGUUGCUCUGUGGUAUGUAAAAAUGUGCAGUUUGGAGUAAUUGUGCAUGGCACUAUAUAAAUCCAUGAAGCUGCGAAAAGGCAACUUUUAUUGUUUUCUUGGUGGCCUUCUCAGCUUUGCAGACACUUUCAACUGCAUACAGAUUUAUGUUAUAGAUGCUUCCAUAAAAUACCAGUGAUACAGAUAGAGAUAAUAAAAUGUAUAACCAAAUGAAUCUUGUCUUGAAAUUGUUUUGAUGAAACGGUGCGAGAUUUCAAAUGACUGUUGCAUGUUAGCAAGCUCCUGCUCCCUAGAUACAUUUAAAGUGCCCCAAGGAAGAGUUACACCCUGUGUACUCUAAAGUCAUGAUGGGGAAAGCAGGUUACUUUCACCCGACCCAGAGGGUAAGGUUGAUGGUAUGGCAGAUAAACUCAGCCUAAUCAGAAUAGCUCCCUGUGUUACGUAUGUAAAUUAAUAUGUUUUAAACAGGGACUUUGAGGUUGAGUUAGUGUUGUUAGCCAUAAGCCAGUAACUAAAACUGUAGAAUUUAAUACAUAUUGGUGCUAAAUAGAGAUAACAGACUGCAGCAGUAGAGAGCUGUAGUGAUUUAAGCGAAUAGUGAAAAGGCAUUACUUAUAUUUUGUUAUUUACCUUGUCUCACCUAGUACUGUAUUUUGGAUCCUAUUAAUUACAAAUAAGAAACAAGUUAGGAAUCCUCAGAUUAAAUGUCCAAAAGCAUGUAAUACAUGGUAGCUAAACAGUCACUUUGUAAUUGUUACCUUUUGGGACUUGCAUUUGUUUCUAAUUUCCAUUAUUUUAGAAAUGUUUUUUAUGUGUGCUUUUGUUUUUAUGAUUUUAUCUUAUAAUUUAUAAAAUAAUGUAUUCUGAAGUAGUUUUAAAACUGUAACUUAAACAAGUGAACUGUGAUGCCUAAUUUAACAUGACAAUAGUGCUAGAAAAUUUUAUUUAGCCUGUAAUGAAAAAGACUGGAGCCGCUGGCUAAUGUAUUAUGAUUGCUAGACACUGUAAAGCAAAAUAAAUUGACUUGGAGGUGGAGGUUGUCAAAAAUGUAAAAGCAUGCUGAUAUAAGAAUAAUAGCGUUAUCAGAUCCCCAAAUGAUAUUAUGUCAGUCAUGGUUUUAUGUACUGUGGCAGUUUUUUUGUAAUUGUUUUCUGAUGUACUCAUGGGUGCAUGAGUGUGUCUGGGUGUGGUGGAGGAAUAAGUACAUUUUUUUCACUAUUUCAAUAUUAUAAUAUAAAAUACUAAACCUAUAGCUUUAUUUGGCCCUCUCGAAAAGUGUUAUAUGUUAUGCACUCGUAAAGUGUGAUGUCAUACCUGUACCAUACCAGAAAAAGACCGUUUUGUAGAGUAGCUAACACACUCUGGGAUGUGCUAUCAUACUCUUGACAUGCAUAAUUUGAAUGAUUUGAAAACAUUUGUCCUGUGGCCUCCUAACUUACUUUUGUAGGCUCUGAUUGUCUCUCAUGUUUUUCCUUCCAUUUUGAAUAGUAAAUAUUGGAGCCUGUUUUGUGUACACUUUUGUCUGCAAUAACUUGCUCACCUUUAUAAAUAAUACAGGGAUGCUGUGGUCUGUUGGUGUUUAAUAUUUCAUUUCUUCUUGAACACAAACAUGUAAUUUUCUGAGUGAUCAGAGAGAGAAAUAAACAAAAGUGUCUGUCUGCCUUUUA